ACUCUUUGGUUGAAUUAAUUAUCUUUAUCAUUCUCAAACUUUGUAUCCACUCUAACAAGCAUAGAGAGAUCCAAAAUAAAUUGAUCAAGAUGGAGAUUACGAAUUACAACAAGGAUCAAGUGUUCAUCAGUUUCCGUGGAAAAGACGAACGGAACGGAUUACUAACUCAUCUCAAACAGAAGCUGGUCGAUCGCAAUGUGAAAGUGUUCACCGACGACAAUGUUACUGGACAACGGCUCAACAAUCUCUUCGGACACAUCCGAAAGUCAAGGAUCGCGAUUGUGAUCUUCUCCAAGAGCUACGCGGAGUCAGUUUGGUGUCUGGACGAGCUGGUGAUGAUCAAGAAAUGCAUAGAGACGGAGAAGCUCAACGCGGUCAUACCAAUCUUCCAUAAGGUGAAGGUUUCGAGCGUCAAGAAACAGAGCGGGAAGUUUGGAGAAAAGUUUCUGGCUUUGCAAAACUCUUUGCUUGCUGAAGAAGUUAAUAAGAAGAAGAUUAAGAGUAUUAAUUCCAGGAUCAAGAGAUGGAAGAAAGCUUUGAAGAUCGUCACUGGAAUGGCUGGUUUGACUUAUGACAGGAAAAGUCCUGAGUUGGCUUUCGUGGAGAAAGUCGUUGAAAAGGUGAAUAUGAAUUUAGCCAAUAUUGCAACAGAGGAAGGGCGUAAUAGUAGUCUAGAAACUAGUGAGGCAUCACUAGGGAGACAAUCAAACCAGAUUAGUUAUAAUGUCAAUCAGUUAAACAUAAACAUCCAGCUCCAUCGUUCAAAGAGCUCGGAAGCUCUGAGACGGAGCUAUAAUCCUGAAGGCCAUAACAAGAGUAUUGAUUUGAAGCCUUCUUCCCAUACUCUUAGACGCACCGCCUCAGAUCUUGACCAUAGAGAUCAAUAUGGCCCAUUUCCUUUUGAAGCGCUCAUGGUUCCAAGGCAGAACGAGAAUCAACUGAGCAUUGCCAAUAUUUUCCCCAAAAAAAUAAAGACGUGGGACAACUUGCAUUUCGUCUCUGCGUUACUGUUCGGAGCUUUGUUUGUGUCUUACAUGAUCCGGAGAAAAAGAUGAUUUCAAAGAAUCGCGGAAAUGAAACUUCCUUUGCAAGCAACUGAGCAUCUGAUUUAUUUUACUUGUUUCUUAAGCAAAGCCUAUGUACUACCGUCUUGAGAGAGUUUUUUUUCUCUCUUUCUAAUUCAUAUCAAUAAGGAAAAUUUGACUUAGAAGAU